AUGGUUUUGUGGGCGCAUAGACUAUUUGAAUAUCUUGUCCUUAUAACUGGAAUUUAUAAUGUCAAAGCCUGGACUUACCAUUACAACAUAGACAUUAAUGUGGACUGGACAGCAGCUCGUCAGUGGUGUCAGAAGCAUUUCACUGAUAUGGUGGCCAUCCAAAACCAGGCAGAAGUUGAAUACCUCAACCGGGUUCUACCUUUCAAUCAAGCAUACUACUGGAUUGGCAUUAGGAAGAUUGACGACUACUGGACGUGGGUUGGGACCAAAAAGCGCUUGGACCCUGAAGCCGCAAACUGGGCGGAAAAUGAACCAAAUAACAAGGGAUCUGGACAAGACUGUGUAGAGAUCUACAUUAAGAGGCGCAAAGAAACAGCCAAGUGGAAUGAUGAGAGGUGCAGCAAAAAGAAAGCAACUGUCUGUUAUUUAGCCUCUUGUUCAAAGGAAUCCUGCAGUGAGCAUGCUGAGUGUGUGGAGACUAUUGGCAACUACAGAUGUCAAUGUCACCCGGGUUUCAUGGGCCCACGCUGUGAGGAAGUUGUCCAGUGCUGGCCAAUUGAAAAUCCACAGCAAGGUUUUGUGAACUGUGACGGUGUCUUUGGAGCAUUUCAUUUUAACUCGUCAUGUCAGUUCCGAUGUGUCACAGGGUUCAAGCUGGAGGGGUCACAGAGGCUACGCUGCCUGGCAUCAGGGCAUUGGGAUAACGCUCUUCCUAUUUGUCAGGCUGUCCAGUGUCUGCCCAUUAUUGAUGCCGCAGGUGGUUGGAGUAUGAACUGCACUCAUCCCCUUUCCAUUAAUAGCUUCAACUCCAGUUGUGAGUUCAAGUGUGAGGAGGGAUUUGAGCUCAAGGGCUCUAAUACAACCUGGUGCGACCAGACUGGGCAAUGGACACACAAACCCCCCACUUGCACAGUGGUGACCUGUAAUGAAAUCCUAGCUCCUGCAAAGGGUCAUCUGACAUGUGCUGAUCCUUUGGGAAAGUACUCUUUUCGUUCUACUUGCAAUAUUUCCUGUGUUGAGGGACACAAAUUGAGAGGAAAAGCCACACUCAGCUGUCUAAGUGAUGGCAAUUGGUCAGCACCAACACCUGAUUGUGAAGUUGUAAAGUGUGACCCAUUGAAGCCCAUUCCACAUGGCUCCCUGCAAUGUUAUGACCCUGUGGAGAAGUUUGCUUAUGGCUCCACUUGCUGGUUAAAAUGUGAUUUUGGUUUUGUCCACAAUGGUACAAAUUUCACUCACUGUACCGAACAGGGGAACUGGAGUUACAUCCCUCCUGUUUGCCAAGCUAUACAGUGUUCGCCUCUCUCUGAUGCACCAAGUUAUGGAAGUAUGACCUGCACACACCCUCUCUCCACCAACAGCUACAAUUCCAGCUGUGAGUUCAAGUGUGAAGAGGGUUUUGUGCUUAAAGGUGCAGAUUCCACCCACUGUGACCAUACUGGGCACUGGACACAUAGCACCCCUAUUUGUACAGCUGUGGCUUGUGACCCUCUCGUGACCCCUGCAAAGAGCCACCUGACCUGUGCUGAUCCACUGGAAAAGUUCUCUUUUCGUUCUUCUUGUAAAGCUACUUGUGAGGAGGGAUACAAACUGAGAGGAGAAACCACACUCACUUGUCGGAGUGACGGCAACUGGUCAGCACCAACACCUGCAUGUGAAGUUAUAAGAUGUGAUGCUCCGGAGUCUGUUCAACAUGGCUUUGUGCACUGUCAGGACCACCUGGGGGAGUUCAGCUAUGGUUCCUUGUGCUGGCUGGAGUGUGGAGCUGGAUUUACUUUAAAAGGAAGUAAUUCUACUUACUGCACCUCACAAGGGAAAUGGAGCCAAGAAUUUCCUGUUUGUCAAGCACAGCAGUGCAGCCCCUUAAUUGACCCCUCUCAUGGUACUGUAAUCUGCACUCAUCCUAAUGGGCAGUUCAGCUUUGGUACAGUGUGUGAAGUGAGCUGUCAGGCAGGCUUCAAACUGCAUGGCACGCCCCGAAUGGAGUGCUUGGAGAUGGGGAAGUGGACAGACGCCCCACCCUUCUGCUUGGCUCAACAGUGCCCCCACUUGACUGCUCCAGAAAAUGGCUGGAUGAAUUGUUCUCAUCCUCACUCCCUGUUUAGCUAUGGCUCCCAGUGCUUCCUGGGAUGUGAGACUGGCUUUGAGAUUACAGGAGAGCCAGGCAUAAAGUGCUCUGCUUCUGGGAACUGGAGUCAGGAGGUGCCCUCUUGUGCUGCUGUUCGCUGUGAGCCGCUUUCACUCUCUCAUCUUCCUGAGCUGGGAUCUCCACCCUCAAUGAACUGCUCUCACCCCCAUGGAAACUUCAGCUUUGGAUCUCAGUGUAUGUUCCGGUGUGCCAAGAGCCAUGAGCUCAAUGGAACCAGUCAGCUCAUCUGCAGCUCCAUUGGGUACUGGACCAACUCUCCGCCCAGUUGUGUUGUAAAGGAGAUGUCAGUGAGUGCUGGCAUACUGAUGUACGCAGCUGUGGGAGCUGCUUCUUCAGCUGGUCUACUUCUACUCGGAGGACUAAUGUUUCUGUUGAUGCGGCAAUUCGCUAAAAAGGCUCAUUACAGUCUGAAUGACUCUUCAUGGGAAGAGAAUUUGAACCCAACAUUUGAAUUCAAUUAA